AUAUAGCUAGUACUCAUGUUUGCUUCUGGAGCAGUACAUUACAAAGAGAUACAGUGAAGAAAAGAUGAUGAAGAGUAGCUUAAUUCUCUUGUUCAUCUCUCUGGCAUUAGCUUAUGAAGUGGGAGUUUGUGAUGGAGGGGAAUUAAGGAAAUAUUUUUACAAGAAUACUUGUCCCCAGGCUGAGGAUAUUGUCAGGACUAUCAUUUGGCAGAGUGUCGCAAGCAAUUCAGCAUUGCCUGCCAAGUUCUUGAGGAUGCAUUUCCACGACUGUUUUGUCAGAGGUUGUGAUGCCUCUAUAUUGCUGGAUUCCACGCCAGAUAACACAGCAGAAAAGGCAGCAAUCCCAAACCUAUCCCUCGCAGGAUUUGAUGUGAUAGAUAAGGCUAAGGCCCAGCUAGAGAAGACAUGCCCUGGAGUGGUUUCUUGUGCAGAUAUUGUUGCUCUAGCUGCUAGAGAUUCUGUCUCCUUCCAAUUUAAAAAGCCAAUUUGGGAAGUGCUUACUGGUAGAAGAGAUGGAUCAAUUUCUCGAGCGUCAGAGGCUCUCUCCAACAUCCCUUCACCUUUCUUCAAUUUCACUCUUCUCAAACAAUCCUUUGCCAGCAAAAGCCUAACAGUUCAUGACCUUGUCGUGUUAUCAGGUGGACACACCAUUGGAGUAGGACACUGCAAUUUAUUCAGCAACAGAUUAUACAACUUCACAGGAAAAGGUGACGCAGAUCCUUCUCUGAAUCCAACCUACGCUUCUUUCUUGAAAACUCAAUGCAGAAGCCUUGCAGACAACACAACAAUAGUUCCAAUGGAUCCCUUGACUCCCUUAACUUUCGACAACAAUUACUUCAAAAUCCUCAAGCUUAACGAAGGCCUUUUCCAAUCUGAUGCUGCACUUCUCACCAACAAGGGCUCUAGCAAUAUCGUAGAUGAAUUGCUUGACUCUGCCAAGUUCUUUACUGAAUUUGCUCAAUCCAUUAAGAGGAUGGGAUCCAUUGGAGUGCUCACUGGUAGUGCUGGAGAGAUCAGGAAGAACUGUAGGGUGGUGAAUUAUUGAGGAGCACUGCUAUUUCUGAAGAAAUUAAAGAAUUAUUUCAUUUUUUUCUUUGGUUUCUUUCUUGUAAUUCUGUAAUGGAGUUUGAGUUUAAACAUUUGUUGCUUUAGCAUACCAUCGAUCACAAGUGGUAUAAAGGUCAUAAACGUAUAAUUUCGUUUAAUGUUAAUUUUGAGAAUAAAACAAGUUAUUUUUCUUUGGUUUAAA